GGGGAAGGGAAAGUGGCAAGGGUGGCAAGGAUGGGAGAACCCAUGGCCCUCGAGAAUCAUAAUGGCGUGAUAUCGCAGGUCACGGCAGCCGUGGCGAACACUAAUCACAAUGUCGCAAGUUUGGCAGUGCAGUACAUGAGGGGACGGAAACGUGGUCGACCGAAAUCUGUGCGCUUGCUGCGGCGGUCCCUUAGUGCCAAGCCCCGGAAGAAGUGGACCGAAGAGGAGGAGGAGAACUUGAUACAGAAGUAUGCGGACAUGUUGACGUCGGGGGUUAUGCUUAAGAUGAAGACGCGGCAAAAGAAGUUCGAGCCAAUAGCGCAACAUGUGAACGACCUUCAUCACCGACGCGACCCGGAGGGUUACCCGUAUGAAUGGUCGUGGCGAGAGGUUGCGAUCAAGGUUCAGAACAUGAGGGGGCAGUAUCUUGGGGUGAGGCAGAAAAUCAGGAGGCUUGUGGAGAGCGUGAAUGGGAACGGGCUCGUCGAGGAAAAGGAAUACUAUGAUUGGCAGGAUGGGAACUACCAUUGGGCCAAUUUUUCCAAGUAUCGGGAAGUUUUCGGGGACGAGCCGAUGCCGGGGAUAACUGAUGUGCAGGCAUCGGAUGCAGGGCUUGUAGUGGGACUGAAAGGUGCAACGAGGAUGGCAGAGGAGGCAAAUGGGCGUGGAGAGGAGGAUGGAGAAAAAGGGGGGGAGGUUGAUGGGGAAAGUGAUGAGCAGAUGGAUGGGGAGGGGGUGAACUAUGCACAUCCUUCGCCAAAGAGACGGAUAAAGGAGCGAGACCUGAGGGAGAUCGGACGGAUCGCGGGAGGAGGUGGCGGGCUCGGGGGAGGAGAUGGAAGGGCCAGAGUAAGAGGUGCGUCUGGAGGUGUUGAGGCCUUGGGAGGGCUUAUCCGCGGGGUGGGCAUUGCAUCUGGAUUGGGGAGCACAAGAGGGCUGCAUGUAGUGAAUGGUGUUGCCUGGGAGGUCCAAGAUGGGACUGGAAUUGAAAGGGAUGGCAAAGCUGGUGGUUUCCAAGCUAUGAGUGGCGGUAUGGGGGAUGACCAUGGAUCUCCUGAAGGGGGUGGGCGCUCCGUAGGAGGGGAGUGUGCCAAUAACAGUGUAAACGAGGCACCGAUCAUUGGCAGGGUGGUGUUCCGGGAGAAGCAGAACUCCCCGGGCGUGAUAGUCAUUGACAACCGACAGCGGGGCGCGGAGAGGGAGGCGAACACAAAUGAAAGGUGGGAAACGCAGGGGACAGUGAGGGUUGUGGAAUGCGAGGGAGGGGAAAGACGGUGGACCAGCAGGGAGGUGGAGAGGGAUGGGGUCAGGGAAAGCGGCAGAGUGGUGGCGGCGAGAGAAAGCAGGGAUGUGCGGGAUGUAAGGGAUGGAAGGGAUCAUCCCGCAGGAGGAGACGGGAGGGAGGCAAGGGAUGUGAGGGACGUCCGGGACACAAGGGACGUCCGGGACACAAGGGAUGUCAAGGACCUUAGAGAUGCAAGGGAUAUCAGGGAUCCGAGGGAGGGUAGAGAUGCAAGGGACGUCAGAGAUAUGCGAGAUGUAAGGGACCUGAGGGAUGUGAGAGAUGUAAGGGACACGAGGGACACAAGGGACACAAGGGACACAAGGGACAUAAGGGACCGAAGAGAUCCGAGGGAUGUACGGGAGCUGCGAGAUUCGAGGGAAGUGAGAGACGUGAGAGAUGCGGUAGACAUAAGGGACAUGAGGGAUGCGAGGGAUGGAAGGGACCUGCGAGAGGCUCGGAAUGCGAGGGACAUGAGAGAUGUCAGGGAUGCGAGAGAUGUGAGAGAGGUCAGAGAUGAUGUCAGGGAUGCGAGAGAUGUCAGAGAUGUCAGGGAUGCCAGAGAUGUUGUCAGGGAUGCGAGGGACGUAAGGGAUGUCAGAGAUGUCAGAGAGGUCCGCGAUGGCAGAGAAGGAAAGGAGGUGCGGGAUGCUAGAAAUGGCAGAGAGGUGAGGGACGCCAGAGAGGUCAGGACCGUGAGAGAGCUGAAGGAUGUGAUUGAAAGGGACAGAGAGCUUGAGAGGCCAGUGUCGUGGGAAGAGCGGCGCGAUCAGGAGAUGCGGGAAUGGCUGGGGCGCAUGAUGAAGAUGCAGCUUGACUACCAGACGAGCAUGAUGCAGAUUCAGGCCCAGAUCGCUGAAGGGCAGCAAAAUAUGAUGGCAUUCCUAGCUGCUAUCCUUGUUCAGAGCCAGGAAGCACAAGGAAGGGGAGGGGGAGGGGGGGGGGGGGGGUGCCAGCUGAUGACCAGUUUCCAGCAAUUCUCACCAGCAAUGCCGCAAUCCAAAGGUGCGACUGCCCAGGAAGCCACACGAAGCUUGGGUUCGGAGGAGGAACGACCUGCGCAGCCACAGAGGGAGCAUGCACUGGACCAACCGCCGCCUCCGCAGCAGCAUCUACGGGGCAGCGAUCAACUCUGUCGCACUAACGACGUCCGCUUGUUGCCGAGUGGCCUGCCUGCAGUCGGUGACAGGGGUGGAAAACUGUCGCCUGCGGCCAUCGAUACUGGAGUUGCACUGGCUGAGACCAUGGGAGUCAUGCGCAACAGGGGCUCCACUGCAUCUGAUGCAGGUGGGGGCAGUGGAGCCGGUGGUGGAUGCGACGGGAGGGGCUUGAUUGGAGCGGUUUCGAAUGGUGGGAGUGGAAGCGCAAAGCACAAACAUUCACAGCCACAGUCUUUUCAUCAGGGAGGCAUUGCUCUGAGGAAUGGGUGCAUACAGGUAGAUAGCGACGAACGAUUGGAAAAGGAUCUCGCCGUCUCCGACGAAGGAACCGCCACCGAUGGAGCUUCAAGUGAUGACAAUGAUCAGGAGAAUUCUAUGGAGGUGGUCAUUGAGUCAGCAUACAACACGCGUGGCGUGCGGGAAAGCAUUGCACCUGCAACGAUGCCAGUUGGCCGAACCAAUUCCUGGACGGGUGUCGAAUACGGUCAAUGAGGUGCCUUAGUUGUUCAUUCCCAGAGAGUCCUGGGAUGCAAGAUCAGCCGGGUGCAAUCUUCCGCGCUGUGUCUUUGUGAACUGGAGAAGACGGAAGAGGAUGCGAAUGGCGGAUGAUGGGUUGCGUCCAACAAGAGAGAUGAGUUCUGGCGUCCACGGGGUUGUAGGCAAUCGGAAAUUUCAAAUUUAUGUCUGUCCUUAGUCUGCCAAUGAGGCUGAGGAUGACUGUGGCGGACAUAUGCACACUCCCUCCCUCCGCAUGAGCGCACAUGCGUACUCGGAGUGGUGUGUAUUUGUUUGGGAAUCCAUUUGUAUGCGGGUGUGUUCCUUUGAGAGAUAGUGAAGUACCUCUUUGCGUGCCUGUGUUUGUGUCGCGGAGUAACUCUGCGUGUGUGUGUGUGUGUGUGUGUGUGUGUGUGUGUGUGUGAGAGAGAGAGAGAGAGAGAGAGAGAGAGAGAGAGAGAGAGAGAGAGAGAGCAAUAGUUUGGGGGCCGAACAGGGGAGGUUUCAAAUGCUUUGUCAGGUCAUGCAUUUGUGAGCGGCCUCGGUUUCACUCUUGUCCCCCUUGUAUUGAUUAAUCGCUACAGUGAGGGAACUGAGGGAACUCUUACAUGUUUAAGGAGGGGCAGACCACACGAGGGCUGUGUGUGUGUGUGUGUCUGUGUGUGUGUCUGUGUGUGUGUGUGUGUGUGUCUGUGUGUGUGUCUGUGUGUGUGUGUGUGUGUGUGUGUGUGUGGCGCUUGGAUGUGUGUAUUGCACAGAGAGAGAGAGAGAGAGAGAGAGAGAGAGGAAAGUAAUGCUCCCGCUCAAGUUCCUGUUUACUUGUUUGGAGAGCAUUCGGCAUAGGAAAGGUGGCCCUUGAAGAUCUUCGUACUACAUGCGACAGGGGUUUAAAAGGGGGGUUUCAAAAGGCAUGGGGUCAUCAUGUAUGAUCAAGGUCAGCGCUCGUCCUGGCCCUCCUUUUUCCUACCCCCUCUAGCUCCUUCAUGCAGAUUUGUCGUCGCCAUUAGUUUCGAUUCGAUUCGAUUUGAUUCGAUUCGAUUUGCGUCCGUCCUUGUAGACGGUGGCUCUUCUAGGUCCAUUGAUUUGUUUUCUCUUACCUUUUAUUCCCCUCAGCAUUGGUUUACAAAUCGACACAUUAUCAUUUUUUGUGAUGAUGUUUCACAAAUGUUGGUCUUAUUCAUGCUUCAUUGACUACUGUUUCGAUUGCGCUUCUUGAGUAUAUUAAGCUGUGCGGGCGCGCUUCUCGGCAUCGGCAGUUCGCGCUGGCUCGUCGCGGUAUGCUGCUCUGCUGCGCCUUCCGCCAAAUGGGGUACUAGCUGGAGAUUCUGCGGCAAUUGUCCCCAGCUCCACUGUAUACUGAGAUGAGAGAGAAUUUGACACUCCACGGGGGGGUAUGGCUACGAGGGGAUUUGGGUACGAGGGGUUUCAUAUUGGCAAGAAAUGUUUGUUUGAUCGGAUUCUUCAUCCGUUUAUAUUUGAUUUGACUGUAUUUGUUCGUUUACAAUUGCCUCGGUUCUU